CAGCGCACAACUGGUUCUCGUCCUGUCUCUUAGCUGCCUGAAGGCCGUAAAACUCAUAUUACAGGAGAAUCGUUUCUUCUUCCGCGACCCAGGGCUUAUCGUUGUUUUCGAUUUCCUCUGGCUAUCUACAUGUCUGUCCACAGCACUACAUCGAGAUCUUCUAGCCCUCUCCACGGCUACCCUGAAGAAGACUUGCGAUCAGAUGGAACGAAUAACCCAGGCUACUUUCCAGCAAGACUGGGGCAGACACUGGACAAAGGGCGAUAUUGCAUCGUCCGAAAAUUGGGCUGGGGCCAGUACUCCAGCGUAUGGCUCGCUAAAGACCGCGGGCAAGACACCUUUGUCGCCCUCAAAAUCUUGACUUGCGAGGCGACGAAAGCCAUGUCGCCCGGCAAAGACCAGCUAUCAGACGAGAAGGAAAUGCUCGAGAAAAUCACAGCCGCCGACGCCACCCACGAGGGAUAUCGCCAUACUAUGCGCUACAUCGGCUCAUUCAAAUUCAAAGGACCGCAAGGAAGUCACUGCUGCCUCAUCACCGAGCCUCUCGGUUAUAGCCUCGACUAUGUUCGCAAGCUACGAGGUGGAGGAGACCUUCGCGUCGCGCCGAGCAUCGUCAAGCGCGUUACCAAACAUAUUCUGCUUGGCCUGAAAUAUCUUCAUGAUGAGUGCGGAGUCGUCCACGGAGACCUCAAGCACGACAACAUCCUCUUUCGCCCGCUCGACCUCAACUCUGUGGUUGCAUACGAGCUCGUAACCAACCCGUCCGUCACAUAUGAUUGCGGGACUGAAGUCAACCCUCCCGUCGUGCCUGUCGUCUCGCAGAGCUUGUCUUUGUCCUCGGAUCCUGUCAUCAACGAGAAGCUCCUCGAAGCAGUGAUCGCUGACUUUGGGCAUUCACACUGGCGGAAUCGUCACCUCCAAGAGAUUAUUCAACCAACAGCUUUGCGCGCGCCUGAAGUCAUCUUGGGUUAUUCAUGGAGCACGCCCGCAGACAUCUGGAACUUAGGUUGCUUGGUCGCUGAAUUGCUUAUUGGGUUCUUUCUCUUCGAGUCUCAUAACGAGAAGUCGUGGGACUACGACGAGGACCAUCUCGCUCGUAUGACGGAAGCGGUACAGGCCUCGUUCGAGCCUUCCUUCCUCGAUCGCUGCGCCCACCGUGAUAAAUUCUUCAAAGCCGAUGGGUCUUUUUCUCAUUUCACCAAGCACGAGGAGCCGACUUGGUCGCUGCGAAAACUGCUGGAGAAAUUCUCAGAGCUGCGCGUUGAGGAGAUACCACUGGCGGAGAGCUUUCUGCGACGUUGUCUGCGCCUUACGCCCGAAGAACGAGCAACCGCGAAGGAUCUAAUUGACGAUCCUUGGCUCGCAGACUCCGCCUGAUACGGGAGUAUCCGCCUAGCUACAUCAAUCCCUUGAAUGUUGGCGCUGUCCUCAAUCCACCCUGAUGGGUCUUUUCCUCGUCCUGUUGUCCAGCUCUUCGUAUGAGCUGGCCUCCUCCUCCGGCGACCUCCACACCUAUGUAAAGAAACAGUCACUCCAUCUCGCCGGCCUACCGCCAUACUCCAAGCGCCGUACGAGAAAGAUGUUUGUUGUCGAUCAGGCGAGGUACUGUAGAGCAGGAAAGGAAGGCUGUCAUCAAUAUUCUGUCAUCAAAGCGGUCGAUCUCAU